AUGGAAACCAAAAUUGUGCUGUCAUGGUUAGCCUGGAUCUUUCAGCAGCUUUUUGAUACCAUUAAUCAUCAGAUGCAUACUGACAGACUUGAGGCACAAUAUGGCAUCACGGAAUCUGCCUUAUCCUGGUUUCAAUCUUAUCUUUCUAAUCGUUUUCAAUAUAUUAAACUUUACUCCAACAUUUCUUCUAGCUUCACCUUAUCUACUGGACCGGCUGAACCCCCACAAAUCUGA